AUGCAACAGUCAUCAUUUAUUCAAUUGCCAUCAGCACCGAUGCAGACGAUUUAUAAAACAAUUCAGCAAGUCGUCCAAUCAAAUAUUCCAUUCUUCAUUACUGGCGAAACCGGCGUCGGUAAGGAAGGCAUCGCAAAAUACAUUCACGAAAGCAGUCCUCGGCGCGACCAACCUUUCAUUGCCAUCAACUGCGGACGAUUCUCCGCUGAACUCUUGCAAAGUGAACUUUUCGGACAUGAAGCAGGAGCGUUCACGAGCGCAAUCCGGCAGCGACACGGGGCGUUUGAAAUGGCAAACAGGGGCAUCCUCUUUCUCGAUGAAGUCCCAGAAAUGUCUUUGGACGCACAGAAAAUGCUACUCCGCGUCCUGGAUACAGCCACAUUCACGCGUCUCGGUGGAAAUGAACAGUUGACAGUGGAUGUCCAUAUCAUCGCCGCAACGAACCGAGACAUUGAGAAAGCCGUUGCGGAAAAGGAGUUCCGAGAGGAUCUUUACUACCGUCUCAAGGGGAUGAUGUUUCAUCUCCCACCGCUACGCGAGCGCCCAGAGGACAUCGCGCCUUUAGUCGCAGCUUUUAUGAGUGAGUUCAGUGCCGAAUAUGGGAAGCGUAUCACCGGAAUUACCCCAGAGGCACUCACUCGUCUUGAGCAGGCGGCGUGGCCCGGGAACAUCCGUCAGUUGAGAAGCACCAUUCAAGCGGCUGUCGCGCUCACAACAACCGACAAACUUGAAACGAAAGAUUUUUCGGACCUCUACCCAGCACUUGCCCAGGCACUCAUCUCUAUAUGGCAAGCACUCCCAUUGGAAACGCGGCAGGCAAUAUGGGAGACACUCCGCUUAGAAACACAACAUACAAUUAUACAUGAAUUCUCAAAGCAGACGACAGAAUCUUGGCGUAACUUGCAUAUUCCAAAAAUGGUUGAAGAAGGGGAACCUCUCAAUAUAAGAGAUAUGAACCAGAAUCAAAUCCUACGCGCAGUUGCCCAGAAGCGCAUUAAGGAAUAUUCCUCGCUCCGCGAGGCAGCCAAAUCGUUAGAUAUUGACAUCCGAACACUACAGAAAUACGCACAAUGGAAGGAGUCGGACGACUAA